GUGAUGGCUGACACAACCGGUGCCGAGGAGUAGUAUCGAAGCACGGCAGAUAUCGGAGUCUAAAUUGUCAAUAAAACAAGACAAUAAAACAAUCAUGACGCGCUGGAUACAUUUAGCGCUUCUCCUGAUUGCGCGUCCUUGCUUUUCAGAUGAUGGGCAUGAAAUGGAGGAGUUUCUCAAGAGAGAGUACUCUCUUUCCAAACCAUACCAAGGUAUUGGGUCAUCUGGCUCUUCUCACUGGGAACUGAUGGGAGAUGCUAUGGUAACAAUCGACCAAGUGCGGCUUACACCGGACAUGCAGAGUAAACAGGGGGCAGUGUGGAGCCGUAUGCCUUGCCAUCUCAAGGAUUGGGAGCUCCAAGUACACUUCAAAAUCCAUGGCCAGGGCAAAAAGAACCUCAAUGGUGAUGGCCUGGCCAUUUGGUAUACUAAAGAACGUAUGGAUCCAGGCCCUGUGUUUGGCAAUCAAGAUAACUUCACAGGUCUUGGGGUAUUUGUUGACACAUACCCAAAUGAGGAGAAGUACCUUGAGGCGCAGAAGAAGAGGUACACCCCUCGCUCAGAGCGUAUUUUCCCAUAUGUGAUUGCGAUGAUUGGGAAUGGGACCAUAAGUUAUGACCAUGACAGGGAUGGGCGACCCACAGAGCUAGGUGGCUGCAACGCAAUGGUGCGCAACCUCAAACAUGACACCUUCCUGUUCAUCCGAUACGUACGCCGCCGGCUAACGGUCAUGAUUGAUAUUGAUGGCCAGCAUGAAUGGAGGGACUGUUUGGACAUCCCUGGCGUACGGCUGCCGGAGGGCUACUACUUUGGAGCGUCGGCUCUCACUGGAGACCUCUCAGACAACCAUGACCUGAUUUCCUUGAAGCUCUAUCAGCUGACCGUGCUACGCAGCAAGCUGGAGGAGGAGGAGGCGGAGGAGGAGAUCAAGGUCCCUAGCGUGGACAACGUGGACCUCCUGAGACCAGCCUACACCACUGAAGAAGGCAUGAGUGGGGUAGCCAUCUUCUUCACGGCCCUCUUCUCCAUGCUGGGCCUCUUUCUCCUAAUUGUGGUGGGCAUGGUUCUCUAUAGCCACUGGUCGGAGAGCCGGCGAAAGCGGUUCUAUUGAGGGAGGUUCUACAGGGAAGGAGCAGAACUCGCUUCAUCAGAACCCAGUUUUUAAAAACACAGAAGCACUACAGAUUGGAAGGAAAUGAAACCCUCUCUUGGAAUGCUUCCAUCACAGUGACAGCUCUGAAAUCCCACCGCCGACCCCAAGAAAUGGGCUAGGGUCAAAGGUCACUUUUUUACCUCUGAAGAAGACAUUGACUCAUGCCCUUCAAUCACAAAACACUUUGAUGACCUGACGUUUCUCAACUGGUCCCCUUCAGUCUUGUGAGAUUGUCAAUCUGAUGACACAAGAAUAUAGUUUGCAGGUGAUUGUUUCCAUCUUCCUGCAGUUUUUGGUACUGAUUUUAAUGAUUAGAGUGACAAUUUUGCUGAACUGUUUAGUGAAAGACCAAUUUGAGGUUUUGUAAGAUUUGUCUUCUAAAAAUAUUGUGGCAGUGUGCCAGUGUUAUUGAGUAGACUGAAGGGCCCCUCAGCUCUGUGUUGCGCUGAAUAGCUGAAAUUCCAUCUUCCAUCCAUUUUAGGUCAUGCACUGCAAUGAAAGCUCCAAAAUAUUGCACUGAAUGGGCAACUGAAUCGAGUAUGCAAUCUAGUGUACAAGGGCCUCCUAUGAAAGCUGUGACAUUUACCAUGAUAAGUCAUCCCGAGGAAUCAUUGGGAAUGUUGUACUCCUUUUGAAGACAAUUGCUUUGCCUUUUAAUUUUGUGUUAUUUAUUAUGCAACAGAUGCUUAUGAUACUGAAUGUGGUUGUGCAUGAAGACCCAGAUUUUUAACAAUAUUUCAUAGAUACCAAAACAGACCAAGUAAAUAAAUGUGUAUGGCUGAAUGAGUGAGCACUGCAAAAAAAGAAAUAUACAAUUCAUUUUGAAUAUGAAUUAUGAUACAGAGCUUAUCAGCACAGAGAAUAUUUUGUCUUAUGUAGUAAGCUGUUCAUAAGUGACCUUCAUUCUGCCUUCAUUACAAGUCAUUUUACUGAUUUUUGUUUUUAAUUAUGGCUCUAUGAAUUUGUUUUCUGUACAUUACAAACCUCGUAGAGAAGGGCUCAGGAGUCUAGCUGAGGGUUUAAGUCUUAUCCUCGAGGAUUUAUGCCAGUCACUUUCUGUUUUCUGUUUGUCUUCUAGAAUAUUCUCUCUCAAAGGUCUGCCUCUCUUGGUACAAGUUUGAUGCUGUAACUUGUAAAAACUGAUGCUGUACUGAAUGGAGAGGAUUGUGAUUUAGUGUCCAACAAGGCUGGAGGAGUGAUAAAUCAUGUCUUUGGUCACUGCACAUAUUGUUUACAAGCCUUAUAUUUAUCUUUAUUUAUGUAUUGGUGUAUUUAUUUAUUUACAUUCAUCUGCAAUUAUGUGUGCCUGUGUGAUGUAUUUCUCCUACUGCCAUCAUCACUUUCCCAAAUAAAAAUGUG